AGGCAACAACAAAGUGGUGCAUAAAGAGAUUGAUGUCCGGAAACUUGGGAUGAAUGAGCGUCAAGAGUUUAUUGAUCGGUUGUUUAAGGUCGCUGAGGAAGAUAAUGAGCGAUUCUUGAGGAAGCUCAGAAACCGAAUUGACAAAGUUGGGAUUACACUUCCAACAGUGGAAGUAAGGUACCAAAAUUUGACAAUUGGUGCAGAAUGUUUCAUUGGUGAUAGAGCUCUUCCAACGCUUUUAAACACAGCUAGAAAUAUUGCGGAGUCUCUUUUAGGUCUUUUGGGUAUUCGAUUGGCUGAAAGAGCAAAAAUUACUAUAUUAAAAGAUGCUUGUGGGAUCAUUAAACCAUCAAGGAUGACACUUCUACUAGGGCCUCCAUCUUCCGGGAAAACAACCCUUUUAUUGGCUCUUGCCGGGAAGCUUGAUCCUUCCUUGACGGUGAAGGGAGAAAUUACCUACAAUGGUCACAAAUUAAACGAAUUUGUCCCAAAAAAGACAUCAGCCUACAUUAGCCAAAAUGAUGUUCAUGUCGGAGAAAUGACUGUCAAAGAAACUUUGGAUUUCUCUGCAAGGUGUCUUGGAGUUGGAUCACGAUAUGAACUUCUAGCGGAAUUGGCAAGGAGAGAAAGGGAUGCCGGAAUUUUACCGGAGGGUGAAGUUGAUUUUUUCAUGAAGGCAACUGCAGUGGAAGGAGCUGAAAGCAGCCUAAUUACCGACUACAUACUUAGGAUACUAGGACUGGAUGUUUGCCGGGAUACAAUUGUUGGUGAUGAAAUGCACCGAGGAAUCUCAGGGGGUCAAAAGAAACGUGUCACAACAGGAGAGAUGAUUGUUGGUCCAACCAAGACAUUGUUUAUGGAUGAGAUAUCAACAGGGUUGGACAGUUCUACAACAUACCAGAUUGUCAAGUGUUUACAACAGGUUUCACAUUUGACAGAGGCAACCAUAUUGAUGUCCCUUCUUCAGCCUGCUCCCGAGACUUUCGACUUGUUUGAUGAUAUCAUUCUCUUGUCAGAAGGCCAAAUUGUGUAUCAGGGGCCAAGAGACCAUGUUCUUGAAUUCUUUGAAAGUUGCGGAUUCAGCUGUCCUGAGAGAAAAGGAACAGCAGAUUUCUUGCAAGAGGUUACAUCCAAGAAGGAUCAAGAGCAAUACUGGUCUGAUCGAACUCGGCCUUACAGAUAUGUGUCAGUUUCAGAAUUUGCAAUGAGGUAUAAGAACUUCCAUGUAGGACAGCAAAUUGAGAAUGAGCUUUCAGUGCCCUAUGAUAAGGCUCGCAGUCACAAAGCAGCAUUGGUGUUUAAGAAAUACACAGUUCCCAUGAGAGAACUAGCCAAAGCGAAUUUCGAUAAGGAGUGGCUUCUCAUCGAGAGGAAUGCAUUCAUCUAUGUUUUCAAGACUAUCCAGAUCAUCCUUGUCGCACUUAUUGUAGCAACAGUGUUCCUGAGGGUUAAAAUGCACACCAGAAAUGAAGAUGAUGGGAGCCUCUACGUUGGUGCAUUACUGUUUGGCUUGAUUGUCAACGUGUUCAAUGGUUUUGCUGAGCUUUCGCUCACAAUUCAGAGACUUCCUGUGUUUUAUAAACAAAGGGAUCUUCUGUUCCAUCCUCCUUGGACCUUCACCCUACCGACUCUCCUACUCCGGAUACCAAUUUCCAUUGUGGAGUCUCUUGCAUGGGUUCUUGUGACAUACUACACUAUAGGCUUCGCCCCUGAAGCUAGCCGGUUUUUCAAGCACCUAUUACUAUGUUUUCUCAUCCAACAAAUGGCUGCCGGGUUAUUUAGGGUCAUUGCAUCAACAUGCAGAACUAUGAUUAUUGCAAACACCGGAGGAAGUCUGGUUCUUCUCCUGGUUUUCCUCUUGGGUGGUUUCAUCCUUCCAAAACGUGAUAUUCCGGACUGGUGGGGAUGGGGAUACUGGAUUUCACCUCUAUCUUAUUCCUUCAAUGCCAUAACUGUUAAUGAGUUCUUUGCUCCACGGUGGAUGAACAAAAAUGCUACCGACCUUACGAAAAGGUUAGGAACACAAAUAAUGGAGAAUUUCGAUAUCCCCCGGGAAUCAAAUUGGUACUGGAUUGGAGCAGGUGCUCUGGUUGGAUAUAUAGUACUUACCAACAUAGUUUUCACCAUUGGCCUUAUGUACCUUGACCCUCUUGGAAAGCCACAGGCUACAAUUUCCAAAGAACAGGCAAAAGAAAUGAAAGAAGGUCAAAGACAAGUUAGGGAAGAGUCAGGAGAAAUAGCAAUUCAGCCAUACAACAGAAAUGCUAAUGGAAAUAGGGUCAGUAGAAAUGAGUCAAAUCUUGACACCGCAACUGGAGUUGCUCCAAAGAGAGGAAUGGUUCUGCCAUUCACUCCACUUGCCAUGGCUUUUGAUGAUGUGAAAUACUGCGUCGACAUGCCCGCUGAAAUGAGAGACCAAGGAGUCACUGAAGACAGACUUCAACUACUGAGAGGAAUAACUGGUGCUUUUAGGCCAGGAGUUUUAACUGCUUUAAUGGGAGUUACUGGAGCAGGAAAGACCACUUUGAUGGAUGUUCUAGCUGGCCGCAAAACAGGCGGUUAUAUUGAAGGUUCUAUAACAAUAUCUGGAUUUCCGAAGGUACAAGAAACUUUUGCUAGGGUCUCUGGCUACUGUGAACAGACUGAUAUCCAUUCCCCUCAAGUAACCAUUCAUGAAUCAUUGAUUUUCUCGGCAUUCCUCCGGCUUCCAGCCGAGGUCAGCAAGGAGGAAAAGAUGAUUUUUGUCAAGGAAGUUAUGGAACUGGUUGAGCUUGAUGACUUGAAGAAUGCCCUUGUGGGACUUCCCGGAGUAACUGGUUUGUCAACCGAGCAAAGAAAGAGAUUGACCAUUGCCGUUGAACUAGUCGCGAAUCCCUCCAUCAUAUUUAUGGAUGAACCAACUUCCGGCCUUGAUGCAAGAGCAGCGGCCAUUGUCAUGAGGACUGUGAGAAAUACAGUGGACACAGGCAGGACAGUUGUGUGCACAAUUCAUCAACCUAGCAUUGACAUUUUUGAAGCUUUUGAUGAGCUACUUCUAUUGAAACGAGGAGGCAGAGUAAUUUAUGCAGGACCACUAGGACGGCAUUCUCAUAAGAUCGUCGAAUACUUUGAGUCAAUACCUGGAGUGCAAAGGAUCAAAGAGAAGCAAAAUCCAGCAGCAUGGAUGUUAGAAGCUAGCUCAAUUGCAACUGAAGUUAGGCUUGGAAUUGAUUUUGCAGAACAAUACAAAAACUCAGCAUUGUUUCAGCGGAACAAGGCUCUUGUGGAUGAGUUAAGCACCCCACCUCCAGGAGCAAAGGACCUCUAUUUCCCUUCACAAUUUUCACAACCAUCAAUGGGCCAAUUCAAAUACUGCUUCUGGAAGGUGUGGAUGACCUACUGGAGAAGUCCCGAUUAUAAUCUUGUUCGUUUUUUCUUCAGUCUCCUGGCAGCACUUAUGGUUGGAACAAUUUUCUGGAAUGUUGGGACGAAAAGGGAAAGCAACAUUGAUAUCCAAAAAGUUAUUGGAGCUAUGUCUUCUGCAGUAUUUUUUGUUGGGAUGAACAAUUGUUCAACGGUACAGCCAGUUGUUGCAAUCGAAAGAACAGUGUUUUAUCGUGAAAAGGCUGCAGGAAUGUAUUCAGCAUUGCCAUAUGCCAUGGCACAAGUUGUUGCAGAAAUACCAUAUAUACUUACCCAGGCCACAUACUACUCGCUCAUCGUGUACGCCAUGGUUCAGUUCGAGUGGACAGCAGCCAAAUUCUUCUGGUUCUACUUUGUGAACUUCUUCUCUUUCCUCUACUUCACAUACUAUGGAAUGAUGACAGUAUCCAUUACACCAAACCAUCAAGUGGCAGCCAUUUUCGCGUCCGCUUUCUAUGGAAUUUUCAAUCUUUUCUCUGGAUUCUUUAUCAGCAGACCAAGGAUUCCCAAGUGGUGGAUUUGGUAUUACUGGAUUUGCCCCGUGGCUUGGACUGUCUACGGAUUGAUUGCAUCACAAUACGGCGACGUGGAGGAAACGUUUCAUGUCACAGGAGUAAAGGAUCCAAUAAGAAUCAAAGAUUACAUCAGGUCAGAGUAUGGAUUCAGGUCAGAUUUCAUGGGACCAGUGGCUGGAGUUUUAAUCGCUUUCACCGUCUUCUUCGCAUUCAUGUACGCCUUGUGUAUCAAAGUCUUGAACUUCCAAAUAAGAUAG